CCGAUACCGAUAACCGAUAGAUAUAUAUAUGUACAUGUCAAUUUUAAUAAACAAAUCGCCACAAAUAACAACAAAAUGAGCGGCGAAAAGGCCGAGAAGGCCAAGAUCAGUGCCCAAAUCAAGCAUGUGCCCAAGGACGCCCAGGUGAUCAUGUCGAUUUUGAAGGAGCUGAACAUCCAGGAGUACGAGCCACGCGUGGUCAACCAGAUGCUGGAGUUCACCUUCCGCUACGUCACCUGCAUCCUGGACGACGCGAAGGUGUAUGCCAACCAUGCGCGCAAGAAGACCAUCGACAUGGACGACGUGCGUCUGGCCACCGAGAUGACGCUGGACAAGAGUUUCACCGGUCCUCCGGCCCGUCAUGUUCUGGCCAAGGUGGCCGACGUGCGCAACGGCAUGCCGCUGCCGCCCAUCAAGCCGCACUGCGGUCUCCGGCUGCCGCCCGACCGCUACUGCCUCACCGGCGUCAACUACAAGCUGCGGGCCACCAACCAGCCCAAGAAGAUGACCAAGUCGGCGGUGGAGGGACGCCCGCUGAAGACCGUCGUCAAGCCUGUGUCCAGUGCCAAUGGGCCGAAGCGGGCCCACUCCGUGGUGGCCAAGCAACAGGUGGUGACCAUUCCCAAGCCCGUCAUCAAGUUCACCACCACCACGACCACGAAAACGGUGACCAGCUCCGGGGGAUCAGGAUCAGGCGGCGGUGGAACUGGUAUGGAGGCCAAGAGCGACCAAAGUGGAGCCAGCGGAGAUCUCAAGAUGGAGGUGGACAGCGAUGCAGCGGCCGUGGGCAGCAUCGCCAGUGGAUCUGGAUCGGGAUCUGGAAAUGCCGCAGGGGCAAGCGGAUCUGGAUCUUCCGGCGUGGGAGUGGCCGUCAAGCGGGAGCGCGAGGAGGAGGAGUUUGAGUUUGUAGCCAACUAGCGGAGCGAACAGAUUAACUCUAAAUAUAUUUUCAAUACCAUACCCAAAA